CUGGCAAAGACGCUAGCUUGACCCUGAGGGACUCUUCUUCUCCUCUGCUUCGCUCGAAACAACGUUCGUCUCUGCGAAUCAGAAGAAAACCGAAAGUCAAAAAGAUGGGUUGGAUGGGAGAAACCAUAGAUUCAAUAAAAUCCAUUCAGAUCCGUCAGCUUCUCACUCAAGCCAUCAGUCUUGGUUAGUUCUUCGCUUCCUCGAACUGGGUCCAAUUCAGAUUUCUUCGACCAGUAAUUUGAUUAAUUAGCAUCAAGGGAUGAUUGUUACGUCUGCUUUGAUCAUAUGGAAAGCUUUGAUGUGUGUCACUGGCAGCGAAUCUCCUGUGGUUGUUGUUCUCUCUGGAAGUAUGGAGCCUGGCUUCAAGAGGGGGGAUAUACUGUUCUUGCACAUGAGUAAAGACCCUAUUCGAGCUGGAGAAAUUGUUGUUUUCAAUGUUGAUGGUCGGGAUAUUCCCAUUGUGCAUCGUGUCAUUAAGGUUCACGAAAGGGAGAAUACAGAAGAAGUCGAUGUUUUGACAAAAGGUGACAAUAACUAUGGAGAUGAUAGACUUCUGUAUGCUGAAGGGCAGCAGUGGCUUCAUCGACAUCAUAUAAUGGGUCGUGCUGUCGGGUUCUUGCCUUAUGUUGGAUGGGUGACUAUCAUUAUGACGGAAAAGCCUAUCAUCAAGUACAUUCUCAUAGGGGCCUUGGGUUUACUCGUUAUAACGUCCAAGGAUUGAUCGAGUUCUUUGGAAAUGCAUGGACUCUGGUUUGUCACCCUUCUGGUCUUGUUGUUUUAAAGGGAAACUACAAUUUAUAAAAGACUGGUCAUUUUGUGGUUUAGACCACUUUAAACAGUAGAAUUCACAAAAGCAGUCAGGCAAAGGUUUUGGAUUUAACCCAUUCAACAUCAAUUUCAAGAAUAAGUAUAUCUAAUUAUAAAUGUACGACUCAUAAAGUAAUAAGAGAUUGAAAGAGUUUAUUCAA